AUGCCAACAGCCACCACCCGUCCAGCAACGGGUGACUCCUUCACAAGAUACGGGUGGACGGUGUGCUUCUGGAUUCUGCUCAUUGCGUUCCAGUACGGCUACCACAUAUCAGCGUUGAACCAAAUCCAAGCAGUGCUAACGUGCAACAAUCGACCAACUGACCUCCUUCCUUUGUCAUUUGGUCUUCCACCAUGCAUUCAAAUGUCGGACUUUGCGUUCUCCUUGGUCACCGCAAUCUUCACCCUUGGCGGUCUGGCUGGAAGCGCCAUAGCCAACCUUGUUAUGGACAGUUAUGGCCGCAAAGGAGCGUUGAGGAUCUGUGCAGGUGCCAUCGCUGUCGGCGCAGGAUUGAUGGCUCUUAGCGGUUCGAUUCUAUUCCUGGCGCUGGGAAGAUUCCUAAUCGGAAUCGGUUCUGGCAUUGGUGUGCUCACACAGUUGGGUAUCGUGUUGGGCAUAAUGACCACCCAGAUCAUUGGGCUUCGAUUUGCAACUCAGAGUCAAUGGCGAUACGUGCUAUUCUUUUCCUCGUCUCUUGCUCUUGGCCAGUUCUUCGCGAGUCCGUUCAUGACAGAGUCUCCUGCCUGGCUCCACUCCAAGGGGAGAGAAGAGGAGAGAAAGAAAGUUGCCUCGCAAAUCUGGGGCUCUGGCGGAUAUGAACCGCUCUUGGAAGAGGGCAAUGCAAGGGAUGACUCUCCAGCCCUCCCGGACCAGCGCGAGAAAACCGUGAAGAUCCCACAGCUCUUCAAAUCACUCGAGUUCCGUCGACCACUGCUUAUCGUCUGCUUCGCUAUGUUCUCUCAGCAAAUAUCAGGAAUCAAUGCUGUUUUGUACUACAGUAACGAUAUUUUAUCCAAGUCUUUCCCUUCGCUCGGACCUUAUCUCUCAUUGGGGAUCACCAUCGUGAAUGUCCUCAUGACAUUCCCGCCUAUCAUUUUGAUUGAGCGAAUGGGCCGACGGCAGUUACUCACAGUCUCUAUUCUGGGCGCCAUCUUCUCACUCCUUUCACUUGGGUUUGGCCUGAAUGGUGGAUCAUUGACUGUCUCAAGCGUCACUAUACUAACGUUCAUAAUGUCGUUCGCUAUCGGCCUUGGUCCGCUUCCAUUCGUUAUUCUACCGGAAGUAUCCCCUCCUCGACUCUCAGAGCAGCAUGGCGUAGACACCUACCUGCAUUUCAUUAGACGCCUCAUCGUACACUCGCAAUCUCGCACGACCGCAACGCCUGCUGCAGCUGUCGACGCCUCAACCGCUUUAACCUUUCGCUUGCUCGUUCAAGAGACUCAACGCCUCGCCCGCGACCCAUUUCUUGCGGAACGCUUCCGAGACGGUGUAGGCGGUGGCGAAGGAGACAUCUUCAGACACUUUGAUCUCAUUCGAUUCGUCGAUCGCGUGGGAUUGCGUCCACACGAACGCCUGAUUCUCGCCUCCGCCAUUGUCGCAGGUCGUACGCGACAGGAACUCGUCACCCAGGCCAUAAACCUCAUCCAGCUCGAGUUCGACAACGCCGUUGUAGCCCUCUGUCGUCCCAACUGCUUUGAAGUAUCAGAUCUCACCCUCAACCAAGCCGCCAAAAUCCUUUCAAACCUCCUCGUCGACUGCUCUGCGGAACCCCCUGUUCUCACCACCCCCCAACGACUCGCCCUUAUCAUGACUUUCCAAACAAAAUACGGCAAAGAAGCACUUGCUCCCAUUCUACCUGCGCUCUUCGCUAAUUUAAGCUUGUCAUCCUCUGCUACUCUCGUCCAAACCUUCGUCCAACUUGGAUCUGAAAUAACCAGCGAUCGGGACGCGAUGCAUGGCCUCCUGCAGCGCUUCGACAUUUCGGAUGCCAACCCACCUCAUGACGCUCAACUCGUCGAAAUUGUAUCGGCGCUCGGACGCCUCAUCGCAGAAGGCACAAAUGUCCCGGACGCUUCUGUGUUGAUUCACACACUUGCAAGCUAUCGUGCCAAUUUGAACUGGCCUGCCGCUAUCAAGACCUUUGACCGUCCAGAUCGAUCAACUGUUGACACCCCUACCCUCAAGCUCCUCAUCGCUAUUUUACUAAACGCCCCUCGGGAUCAAGAGCCUCACGCCGUUGCUGGGUUCUGGGAACCUUGGUCUAAUCCGCUCUAUCAGCUGAGGCUCCUCGACGCUCUUCUCUCGCUGCCUGGCGACACAUUCAACUUUGUCUCGCUUCCUGGCAAGAGGAUCGUCACUGUCGAUGAUGUCUCCGGUGCAACUCCGACCAUCCGAUCCCUGGCCUUGAAUGUCCAAGGGUACACAUGGAACUCGCUCGAGCUCUUCCAAAUCCUUGUCAAGUUGGCCGAUUCGGAGUCGCAAGAAAUUCGUAAUUGCGUAAGAGAGAUGCUUGAUAAAGCCAUCAAGAUCAGCGCCGAAAUCGUACAGAUGGGCCUGCUCCAAGUUCCGGAACCUCAAUGGAACGAAAUCCGGCUGGAGUACUCCAGGAAGUUGUUGGCGAUGUUCCUUGCCGGCCAUCCCAACCAUCAAUUGGUCUUCAUGCGUAUUUGGCAGAUCAAGCCUAACUAUCUCACCAACGCGUUCCGCGAGUUCUAUGAGGAGAACAACUUGAACAUUACGAGGAUCUUGGAUGUCGCGCAAGACCUGAAAAUUCUUGAUGCCCUGUUGGAAGUCAAACCAUUUACGUUUGCCCUUGACGUCGCCGCUCUCGCGUCUCGUCGGGAAUAUCUCAAUCUGGACAAAUGGCUUGCGGACAAUGUCGCGAAUCAUGGUGAAGAUUUCUUGCGCUCCGUCAUUCUGUUCUUGCAGCAGAAGAUGGAGAGCGAGAAGGUCUCUCGCUUGUCUGAUCCUGCCGUCGAGAGCCGUACCUUGACUCUCAGUCCAAACACCAUCACUAUUAUCCUCCGGGUUCUUCGUAACAACUCAAGUGCUAUGACUGAAGCAGAUGUCGAAGCUUCGAUCGAAGUCCGAAAUGCUUGUUUGCAAAUCCACCCCCGACUCAUGAGCCUCAUGCCUGGAGCAGAAGUCGAACCAGGGCUCACCGUGGUCAACUACUCCAAUGAGAUCGAAACGGAAGUCGACUCCAUCUACAAGCAGAUGUACGACGACGUCAUUACGGUCGGCCAAGUCAUUCAGAUGCUCAAGCAGUACAAGGAAUCCUCAAACACCCAUGAUCACGAAGUCUUUUCCUGCAUGAUCCACUUCCUCUUCGACGAGUACAAGUUCUUCCAGUCCUAUUAUCCCGCCCGCGAAUUGCAAAUGACUGCUGACCUCUUCGGCUCCCUCAUUCAGCACAAGCUCAUUGACUAUAUCCCGCUGGGCAUCGCUAUCCGCUAUAUCAUUGACGCCCUCAACUGUCCCCCAGAGACGAACCUCUUCAGAUUCGGCAGGCAGGCCCUUGGUCGCUUUGAGUUCAGAUUGGUGGAAUGGCGACCGCUUUGCGAAGCCUUGCUCAGGAUUCCCGCUUUGGCAGAAACGUCUCCAGAACUGAUCCAGACUAUUCAACGUGCGCUUGCUUCAAACGUUGGCACCGCUGAUCCGUUUUCUGGUACCGUCGGCGGGGGUGGAGGUGGAAUCGAGGCGCUUCCUGUCUUUACAGCUAUCCAACCCGAUCCAAUGGAAGAAGAACUCGAAGUACCCCCGGAAGAAAUCAGUGACAAGAUCCUGUUCAUCGUCAACAACUUGGCUCCAAGUAACUUCGAGGUGAAGCUGAAGGAAAUGCGAGAGCAAUUUGUCGACCAAUAUUCCCGCUGGUUUGCAAAUUAUCUCGUUGAUCAGCGUGUCAGCACCGAGCCCAACAAUCAUCCGCUGUAUCUUCGAUUCCUCGAUUCUCUCGACAAGAAGCCCCUCAACAAGUUCAUCCUUCAAGAAACCUUUGUCAAGGCAGCUGCCCUCCUGAACUCGGAGAAGGCCAUGCAAUCUGGCUCAGAACGCAACACCCUCAAAAACAUUGGUUCUUGGCUCGGAACCAUCACUCUUGCGCGCGACAAGCCCAUCAAGCACAAGAACUUGUCCUUCAAGGAGCUUCUUAUGGAAGGAUUCGACAGCGGCCGCCUCGUCGUCGCGAUUCCAUUUGUCUGCAAGACCUUGGAACCUUGCGCCAAGUCCCGUGUCUUCAAACCUCCCAACCCAUGGUUGAUGGCCGUGCUCAGCCUGUUGGUGGAGUUGUACCAUUUUGCCGACCUUAAACUCAACCUCAAGUUCGAGAUCGAGGUCCUUUGCAAAGGUUUGGAGAUUGACUUGGAUGCGAUCGAGGCCACCACCAUCCUGCGCAACCGGCCUUUGGAGUUGACCACACAUACACUUCAAGAGUUCCCGGCGGAGAUGGAUCAUGCUUCAAUCAGCGCUGAACAACAGGGUGUCAAUCAACUAGCCAUUGAGUCGCUCCUCGCCGCUCUGAGUAACAACGCUCAAAUCAAUCCUCAAUUGUCCCCUCUCAAUGUCAACCCUACCUUUAACCGUGCAGUUCGACUCGCCAUCGAUCGUGCCGUCCGCGAGAUUAUUGUCCCUGUUGUUGAACGCUCUGUUACCAUUGCUGGGAUCUCCACCACCGAGCUGGUCGUAAAGGACUUUGCCUCAGAGCCCAAUGAGCAGAAGCUCAGGCGAGCAGGCCACGUCAUGGCUCAGAAACUCGCUGGUAGCCUCGCACUCGUCACCUGCAAGGAGCCCUUGAAGACCAACCUCGCUGCCCACUUCCGGCAAGCGCUCAAUGAACAUGGAUUUACCGAACAACAUGUCCCUGACGCCGUUGUACAAAUCCUUGUUCAAGACAACCUUGACAUUGCCUGUAAUACCAUCGAGAAAGCGGCCAUGGAUAGGGUUGCUGUCGACAUCGACGAAAGCUUUGCUCAGUCGUAUGAAAUCAGAAGGCGCCACAGAGAGACGAGACCGGCUGCACCGUUCUGGGACCCUGCUGCACCCCGUUCCACCUUUACCAACACACUCCCAGACCCUCUUCGCAUCAAACUGAGCGGUUUGCAACCUCAGCAGCUCAGUGUUUACGAGGAUUUCGCUACCGAACAAAGGCCUGGAGCAGACGUUUAUAUCCGUUCUCCCAGCGUUGGUGGUGGUGGCCUUACCCAUCCAGAGGUCAUGGAGCGUUUUGCUUCCCAUACUCGAGAUCUCGAAGCCGUCGUUGUCCAAAUUCCCGCCCAAUCCCUCGCUGCUUUGCCUGCCAAUCACGACAUCCGCGUGCUGGUAUCUAGGGUCCUCAUGCUUGCCGAAGAAGCCGCGGAUCGUGAGCGCAGCCCUCUCAUGAUUUCACAGAAGAUCGUCCAGCUAUUGUACAAAACCCCAUCUCAACUUGGACGUGAGGUCUACAUUGCUAUCCUGGAGCAAUUGUGCCAGAGCUUUGAGGAGGUCGCUAAAGAGGCUAUCAACUGGCUGCUGUAUGCGGAAGAUGAGCGCAAGUACAACAUCCCUGUCACGAUCACCCUCUUGCGAAGCGGCUUGAUCAACCCAACCCUUCACGACCAGCAGCUAGCCAAAUCGCUUUUCACAAAUGCGCGACCAAACCUGGUUGCCUAUGCCGUUGGCUUGAUCCGCGAGGCACUCACCGGAGACGUACCAGCCUUGCCUCAGAGCAACUUCCAAUUUUCGAUCGAGGUCAUGCGUCAGUUAUCUGCCAUGGGUAAGGCUACAGAAGAGAUAAACCUUUUGCUUGAAGAUCUGCGAGGCGGGAGGAGGUCUGCCGAUAUUGCCCUUCGUCAAGGUGUGAAACCCGAGACAGAGCAAUUGCGCGAGAAGCUUCACCAGUGGUUCCACCAAUGGGUUGCUAUUUUCCAGAGGACCCCGUCGCCAGAGAAAGCAUUCGUCCCAUUCAUUACUUCACUCACCAAGCAAGGGAUCUUGAAGGUCGAAGAUGUUUCGUCUUUCUUCUUCCGCGUCUGCACCGAAGCCAGUGUCGCCGUUUACAUCAAGUGCAUCGCUACCGGAGAGUUUGACUACGCCUUCCAAGCCCUUGAUGCUUUCUCCAGGCUCAUCGUUUACAUCAUCAAGUACCAUGGCGAUGCCUCUGGAGUCAACAACGAGCAGGCUAAAGUUCACUACUUCACCAAGAUCUUGUCGAUCUUCGUUCUCGUCCUCGCCAAUAUGCACGAGGAACAAGGCCCAGAGUUCCAGCCAAAGCCUUUCUUCCGCUUCUUCUCCACUUUGGUGAACGAUCUCCAUUCGGUGGAAGGCAGCCUUGGGCCCGUUUACUUCCAGCUGUUGCUUGCAUUGAGUGACACGUAUAGCUCCUUGCAACCCACUUAUUUCCCUGGGUUCGCAUUCUCGUGGAUGUGUCUGAUUUCCCACCGCCUGUUCAUGCCCAGGCUGCUUCUUUCUGAAAACCGCGAGGGCUGGUCCGCUUUCCACAAGCUCUUGUUAUCUCUUUUCAAGUUCCUCGCUCCUUUCUUAAAAGAAGGAGACUUGAGACAAGCAGAACGGGACCUCUAUCGCGGCGUACUUCGCCUCCUCCUCGUCAUUCUCCACGACUUCCCGGAUUUCCUGAGUGAAUAUUACUUCACCCUAUGCGACAUCAUCCCUCCUCGUUGCGUCCAGCUCCGGAACAUCAUCCUCAGCGCUUUCCCUGCAGCCGUGGUACUUCCUGAUCCCCAUCUCCGUAACGUAUCCUUCGAGUCGCUUCCCGAAAUGGGUCCCAUUCCACCCAUUUUGUCCGACUUCACAUCUGCUCUCCGCACUGGGGAUCUCCGUAACCACCUCGACCAGUACCUUCUCAGUCGCAGCAGUGUUGCAUUCUUGUCCCAGCUCAAGGACAAGUUGAAGCUUGCCCCGGUUGAUGGAGCACCCGAGUCCUACAACUUGUCUCUCAUCAACGCUAUUGUCAUGUACAUCGGUGUGUCCUCAGUAGCCCAGGCCAAAGCGCGCAGCGGUUCCUCUCUCUUCGUCGCGAGCGAUCCGGGAGCAGUUGCUUUGCAAUAUUUGGCGACCAACUUGGACAACGAAGGGCAACACCAUCUUCUCAGCUCCAUCAUCCUCCACCUACGAUACCCCAACGCCCACACCCAUUGGUUCAGCUCUUUGUUACUCCACCUCUUCCUCGAAGUCAAGGACGAUCGUUUCAGAGAAAUCAUGACCAAGGUUCUCUUGGAACGCUUCAUCGUCCAUCGCCCUCACCCUUGGGGAGCCCUCGUCACCUUCAUCGAGCUCCUUCGAAACCCUAAAUACGACUUCUGGAGCAAACCAUUCGUCCGCAUCGCCCCUGAAGUCACUGUGCUUUUGGAGAGCGUUGCUCACCAUUUGUGA